AUGACUGUCAGGAUGCCCUGGGCAGGACAGGCAAAGGGAAUCCUGGAAGGCUGGGGGGGCCUCUGCUUGCUCAUCUUUCUGCUUCUCCAGUAUCCAGGAGUCCACAGCAAGUGCUACUUUCAAGCUCAAGCCCCCUGCCACUAUGAAGGGAAGUAUUACAGCCUGGGUGAGUCCUGGCUCCGAACGGACUGUUUCCACUGCACCUGCCUGCAUCCUGUUGGGGUGGGCUGCUGUGACACGUCCCAGCCCCCCAUCGACUUCCCAGCCGGGUGUGAGCUCCGUCGGGAGGCAGACACCUGCCAGUUCUCCCUGGUGCAAAAAGCGAAUCCUCAGCUGCCCUGCAAAGGGAGAGGACCUGACCUAGAAUGGGGUUCAGCUAAUACCCCUGCUGCCGGGGCACCUGCUCCCCAUUCCAGCUAA